AUGUCUGAAAACCAAACCGCCCUCGGCGAUGAAGACACUAAUCACCUUCGCCAUCACGCCUCUAUCAAAGAGGUCGCUAUUCGCCCGCAUACUGCAAACAAAUCUCUUUCUGCUCAAAAAUCGGCACAUGAUAAAUGGAGAGAAGAAAUGGAAAAUGAAAUUCUAGAGGCUCCGUCUUCCGUCAAUAUAGCCAAUUUGUCGGAAAUACAACCUAGCCCACCCAGCAUAUACAACUCCCCAAUGUUGUCGCAGCCAGAGGUCUCUAAUAUUACUACAACCUCUGGAGUCUCAGUUUUAAUACCUCAGCCAUGA